AUGGGUCAUGGUGCAGACCCUGGAGAGGAUGUGGAGAGCUCUGACCAUCCCCAGAAGGAAGAAGGGUCCAUUGAAUUCAAAACCGAAGUCAACUAUGAUACUUUGGAAGUGCGAGAUGGACGGACAUACUCGGCACCCUUGAUUGGGGUAUACCAUGGGACGCAGGUCCCCCAGUUCCUCAUCAGCACCAGCAACUUCCUCUACCUCCUGUUCUCUACUGACAAGAGCCACUCAGACAUCGGCUUCCAGCUCCGCUAUGAAACUAUAACCCUACAGUCAGACCACUGCCUGGACCCAGGGAUCCCUGUAAAUGGGCAGCGUCAUGGGAAUGACUUCUAUGUGGGUGCCCUGGUGACCUUCAGCUGUGACUCAGGCUACACACUGAGUGACGGGGAACCCCUGGAAUGUGAGCCCAACUUCCAGUGGAGUCGAGCUCUGCCCAGCUGUGAAGCUCUCUGUGGGGGAUUCAUACAAGGCUCCAGUGGGACCAUCUUAUCACCAGGUUUCCCUGACUUCUACCCCAACAACUUGAACUGCACCUGGAUUAUUGAAACCUCUCAUGGCAAGGGUGUCUUCUUCACAUUCCACACCUUCCACCUGGAGAGUGGCCACGAUUACCUCCUCAUCACCGAGAAUGGCAGCUUCACGCAACCCCUGCGCCAGCUGACGGGCUCACGCCUGCCAGCACCCAUCAGUGCUGGCCUCUACGGCAACUUCACCGCCCAGGUGCGCUUCAUCUCCGAUUUCUCCAUGUCCUACGAAGGCUUCAACAUCACCUUCUCAGAGUAUGACCUGGAGCCCUGCGAGGAACCCGAAGUCCCAGCCUACAGCAUCCGGAAGGGCCUGCAGUUUGGCGUGGGUGACACCUUGACCUUCUCCUGCUUCCCCGGGUACCGUCUGGAGGGCACCGCCCGCAUCACGUGCCUGGGGGGCAGACGGCGCCUCUGGAGCUCGCCUCUGCCAAGGUGUGUUGCCGAGUGUGGGAACUCAGUGACGGGCACCCAGGGCACUCUUCUGUCCCCCAACUUCCCUGUGAACUACAGCAACAAUCAUGAGUGCAUCUACUCCAUCCAGACCCAGCCAGGGAAGGGGAUUCAGCUGAAGGCCAAGGCGUUCGAGCUGGCCGAAGGAGAUCUGCUUAAGGUUUAUGACGGCAGCAACAACUCCGCCCGUUUGCUGGGGGUCUUCAGCCGCUCAGAGAUGUUGGGAGUGACUUUGAACAGCACGUCCAGCAGUCUGUGGCUUGAUUUCAUCACGGAUGCGGAAAACACCAGCAAGGGCUUUGAGCUUCACUUUUCUAGUUUUGAACUCAUCAAGUGUGAGGAUCCAGGAACUCCCCAGUUUGGUUACAAGGUUCAUGACGGGGGUCAUUUUGCAGGAAGCUCUGUGACCUUCAGCUGUGACCCUGGCUACAGCCUGCGAGGCAGUGAGGAGCUGCUGUGUCUGAGUGGAGAGCGCAGGACCUGGGACCGGCCACUGCCCACCUGUGUCGCUGAGUGUGGAGGGACAGUGAAAGGAGAGGCAUCAGGACAAGUGCUAUCACCCGGCUACCCAGCUCCCUACGAACACAAUCUCAACUGCAUCUGGAUCAUCGAGGCAGACGCCGGCUGUACCAUCGGGCUCCACUUUCUGGUGUUCGACACGGAGGAGGUCCACGAUGUGCUUCGCAUCUGGGACGGGCCAGUGGAGAGUGGAGUCCUGCUGAAGGAGCUCAGCGGCCCAGCGCUUCCCAAGGACCUGCACAGCACCUUCAACUCCGUCGUGCUGCAGUUCAGCACCGACUUCUUCACCAGCAAGCAGGGCUUCGCCAUCCAGUUCUCAGUGUCCACAGCAACAUCCUGCAAUGACCCUGGGGUCCCACAGAACGGGAGCCGGAGUGGAGACAGUUGGGAGGCCGGCGACUCCACGGUGUUCCAGUGCGACCCUGGCUACGUGCUGCAGGGAAGCGCCGCCAUCAGCUGUGUGAGGAUUGAGAACAGAUUCUUCUGGCAGCCCACCCCGCCCACGUGCAUCGCUCCCUGUGGUGGAGACCUUACCGGGCCAUCAGGAGUCAUCCUUUCACCAAAUUAUCCCGAGCCCUACCCACCAGGCAAGGAGUGUGACUGGAAGGUGACCGUCUCACCGGACUACGUGAUCGCUCUGGUGUUUAACAUCUUUAACUUGGAGCCUGGCUAUGACUUCCUCCAUAUCUACGAUGGACGGGACUCUCUCAGCCCUCUCAUAGGAAGCUUCUACGGCUCCCAGCUCCCAGGCCGCAUUGAAAGCAGCAGCAACAGCCUCUUCCUUGCCUUCCGCAGCGAUGCGUCUGUGAGCAAUGCUGGCUUUGUCAUUGACUACACAGAUAGUGAGGAUUUUAGGUUUACCAUCCCAGCCACCUAA